AUGGACUGCUGCAACUACGGCGAGUACCGCGGGCCAGCGCACGGGCAGUACGGCGGCGCGGGCGCCAGCUGGGACGGCUACGGCUACGCCCCGCUGCCCUACGCGCCCUACGCGCACGCCUACUACCCGCCGCACGCGCACGAUCCCUACAUGCGUUACUAUCGCUACGACUACCCCGCGCACCACAUGCACCACAAUGAUCAUGCCAUGCCUAUGGAUUACGGUGCCUACGCGCUGAAAGAAGCACGCACGCGGCGAGCCUUAGCACGGCGUGAGCUACGCACGCAUCCUGCGCAUCUUCCUCUACCACAUACACCACCUUUAGAAUGUGGAAUAAAUGGUCGUGGUCCUGGGUAUUGCGACCCGCAAAUGUGGUCUCCUUAUCAGAUGAGCAUGAUGAGUGGAGGUUGGAGUGGGCCUAAUGCUAUGAACGGCUCGUGGGCUUCCCGAAACGUGUGCACGCGAGAGCCGAUGCGCUACGCAUCUGACUGUCGCUUAAUGAAGGGGCCAAUGCAUCCCCAGAAUCAACUUUGUGCACAAGAUGGCAGAUCUACUCCUUAUCCAACCUAUGACGAUUCAGUUUACAAUGGAGAAAAUGGGCCAAAAAAUGUUAACGCUUCAGAGCUACCUAGUCGAAAUUUGAUUCCUUCGGAGGCGGUGAGAUCUGUACGUGAGCAGAUGUUCACUGAGCAACGACGUUCUCCUCCUGAAGAGAAACGGCCUCCAGUAGUACCUUUACCGGCCUUCCAACAAGCUUUCGGUUCUACCGAAAUAGGUAAGUUCGCUGAGGCGUUCAGUCGAGCCGAGGUCGCUCAUGAUGCUGAGGACUCGUCCGACAACUUUGUAUUCGAAUCGUUCCACGAAUGGGACGGUCCGCCCGAGUUGCAGUGGACUUCGCAGACCACAUCUCGAGAAAUCAAAUGCGAAGAAAAUUUU